CAUUAACGCUUGUAUUUCCGAAAAUGGCAUCCGGUAGCCAUGUGGAUGUCAAUGAAAGGCGACUUCGUCCGAUUUACGAUUGUUUGGACAAUGGGAACAAUAAAAAAGCGAUCCAAGAAGCAGAGAAAGCACUGAAGAAACACAAAGACUUCCAAUGUGCCAAAGUUUUGAAAGCGCUGGCUCUACUACGGCUUGGUCGUCAUGAUGAGAGCUCAGUUAUCCUAGACGAAAUCCACUCGCAACAUCCAACCGACGAAGCUACAUUGCAGGCGAUGGCAAUUUGCUACCGAGAAGUCUACAAACUGGAAGCCAUAGCAGACUUGUAUGAAAAUGCCCGAAAAAAUUGUCCAGACAAUGAAGAUAUUCUAUCUGCCUUGUUCAUGGCUUAUGUCCGCCUAGGCGAUUACAAAAAGCAGCAGCAGACGGCCAUGUUGCUUCAUCGACUGCAGCCCAAUAAAAAUCCGUGCUACUUCUGGGCGGUAAUGAGCAUUGUUAUGCAGAGUCAGAGCAGUGAUGAUGAGAAGCUAGCCAAAGGAAUGUUCCUCCCUCUAGCAGAGAGGAUGGUCAAGAAAUAUGUAGAUGAGAAGAAAAUCAAUGCGGAGGAAGAAGUGCAGAUGUACUUGAUCAUUCUGAAUCUUAUGGGAAAGUGGAAGGAGGCAUAUGAAGUAGUAACUGGACCUCUCGGAGAAAAAUUAACAAGCGAGACUUUCUACAAGGAAAGGAAAGCAGCAGAGUUAUUCUCAAAAAUGAACAACUGGCCAGAAGCAAAUGCAAAGUUCAAGUUUUUACUCAAAGAAAAUCCAGAUCAUUGGCAGUAUUGGAAAGACUAUAUUAGUUCUUGUAUAAAAAUAGCAAAAUCGAAUUGGCAGCCACAGGAUGAUGGAAAUAACUGUGAAACUGAUUAUACCAUUGACAUGGCCUCUCUAUUCAUGGAUCAAACCAUCAUUGUGUGUUCAGGAGACAGAUUACUGAGAGGCCCAUAUCUAGCUCAACUGGAACUAAUUAAGGCUCUUAGAGAAACUGGUGAUUUGUCUGUGAAAAACCUAGGAUCUCCCUUAACACUUCUUCAAGAUUACUUCAAACUUUUUGGUGACAAAAAUUGUUGUUAUGAAGACAUGAAACUGUUUACAAAUCUUAUAUCAAAACCACAACAGAAGGAUUUGAUCGACUCCUUCACAAAAACCUUGGAACUGCACAAUUCUGAUGGCAGUAUUUUUUUUGCACCUGAUGUUAAAGCUAUGCAACGUCACUUGACUGUCUUGCAGUUGGCAAGGUACCUUGGGAUCCAAGAUUCCAUGUCUGUAGAAGAAAAGAUCUCUCUAGCUAGGGAGUGCAUUCAAAGGUACCAACAUGGAUUAGAGUUUGGCAAAGAUCUCCUCAUCACCGAUAUUCAGCUCUCUGACAAUUUUAUGCUAAUGGCUGCUCAUCUGUUGGAAGAGGCAUGGGAGGAAACAGAAAGUCAACAGCACCUUGUGGAAGCUAUUGUUCAUCUUCAGAAAGGCUCCAAAAACUGCCCAGCCAACUUCCAGUUCAAGGUGAUGCUUAUCCACUUGUUUUCUGUACUAGGUGCUUAUGGACCUUGCCAACAAUUGUAUGAUAGUCUGGAAGUGAAGCAUAUCAUGAAUGAUACUCUGGGCUACAUCAUUUCCAACCACAUGGUAAGACUGGGUCACUUUGCUGCUGCUGGUGCAAACUAUGGAAGCAUGCUGAAAUUCUUUGCAGUGAACCACAAAGAGACUGCAGAGUAUCUUAUUGCUGCAUACAAAUAUGGAUCCUUUAAUAAGAUUUUUGAGUUUGUACGAUUCAGAGAAAAGUUGCAGAAUUCCCUUCAAUAUGCCUGUGCAAAAGUGGAGAGCAUGCUUCUGGACCUAAUGUUGGAAACCUCUCACCAUCAGAGUGUGGAACAAAUGGUGACUCACAUGGAGAUAGAUCCCUCAGAAGAUGGGGCACCUGCUGUGGAGUUUGGGAAACUCUGUGAUAAUCGCGACCUGAGAAUUCUAGAGGCUUGGGAAAAAGAAACCUAUGACACGAAGGCAGCGAGUGAUUUCUCAUUCCAAGAGGAGAAAGCGUGGUUGAGGAUCAGAAGUUUGACUUUAAGAAUUCUUGCUUGUGCUGUUAGUCUAGGUCAACAAGUUUCAAAUUCAAAGGCCUUGAGAAAUGGGGUUGGGUCAGAGAAAAAAGCUUUAAAUGAAAUUCUAGAGUCGCUAGGAAAGGAACUUUCUGAACAUAUUCAAGAAUAUGAAAAGAAAUUUAAUGUUGCCUACAAGUAUUCCCUACGUGGCCCAAGUCCAACACGGAUAGCAAAGUACCUUUCAGAUGGACAUCAUCAAGUCAUAUGCUCAAUGAUUGAAACAAUUUUACACCUGUUCAAAAUGCAAUCAGAAGAUUUAGAGGGUUCAGAGAAUGAGAAACAGGAAUCACCUUCUCAGAAAGUCCCAGAAAUCCUAGCGGGACUGUUGGUUAAAUACAAAGGGAGCCUGCUGUUAGAGACUGAUGGGAAGAAAUCCAUUAACGCUGCUGUCAUUGAAAACCUCUCUCUACUGGCAGAGACCAUGUCACAUUCAGCCAUCUUGACUGGGGUCUGCCACAGAAUCCUUAAACCACUCAAAACCUCCUGGAACAAAAGAUGUCGUAAGAUGAAGGCAGAAACCCCUCCGCCCCAGCCAGCCGUCUUCUCGAACUUCACAAAGCUCAUUGCGAGUUUUGAUGCCUGUGCCAAAGAUAUGCAUGUGGCCACACGUGAUCUUGAUCCUGUGCUGUUAUCUAUUAACCUCAGCAGUCUUAGUUUAGACGAGUCAGAAGAAAGUGACUCUUUGCAAGAUGCAAUGAUUCAGACUGAUGUGCUGAAGAACAUUGAGAGUAGUUAUCAGACUACAUCUCGAGAAGUGUGUGAACUUAUUCAUAACAAAUUACAAUAUUUCAAUAGUUUAAAACUGUAAAUUACUGGACAUUAUUUUACUGUAAAUGGUUCAAUCAAGUUUGCAUAAAAAUCAUGUAAAUCCUAUUAAACCGGCUUCCUAA